ACAGAGGAUCCCUACAAGUGCAACAACUGUAAGGAGACAGAAUGGUCUGAAGAAGGCAGUACAUCGUGCAGUCUGCGGUCGGUGGAGUACAUUCCCUUCACAGCCAUGGAGUCUGUCCUGAUCAUGGUUUGGACCUGUGUCUUGGUAGGCCUCAUACUAGCUAUGGCUGUUCUCUUUGCCAUCAACUACAACACCCCUGUUGUCAGAUCUGCUGGGGGACCAAUGUGCUUCCUAAUUUUAGGCUGCCUUAAUUUAUGCAGUGUUAGUGUGUUCUUUUACUUUGGUAAGCCAACAACUUCAUUUUGUAUCCUAAGGUUCUUUCCGUUUAUCUUGUUCUAUACUGUCUGUCUAGCAUGUUUUGUUGUGCGCUCUUUUCAAAUCGUUUGUGUUUUCAAAAUGUCCAACAAGUUCCCACAGUUCUACAGAUGGUGGAUGAAAUAUAACGGACAAUGGCUGGUCAUCGCUGGGGCAUUUGUUACUCAGGCACUCUUUCUUCUUAUUGGCUAUAGUUAUGCACCCCCAGGGCCCUACAAU